AUGUCUGAAACAUAUACGAUGAGUAACAAUGAGAUGGUUCAGCCUUACUUUAAUGGUACAAUUCCAGCUGAAGUUGCUAAAAAUUUGAAAGAGAUCUUUCCCGAGUUUGGAGAUCUUGAUGACGAAGAAGUUCUUCUGCAACAGGAAAGUGCAUACAUGUAUAUUCAAGCCAAUGAAAAAAACAAAGUUACGACCUUGGCUUUGGGUCAAACCAGUAACAGGAGUGAGUUUUCGACAGAAGUGGGUGAAUCAUCACGUGGUACAAGCGUUGAAUCACAGUUGGCCUUUGACGAAGCCCUUGCUAGAUCCUUGGAGUUGGGAGACGAUUUUAACAAUUUAUAUAUUUUGGAGCACAGCGGCACUGCAGUUGAGAGCAGAGAAUCAACUCCUAGGGAAACACCUAUCCGGAUUGUGGAUCAGAACAUAAGAGAUGAUGAAGUUGAUACGGAUAAUAUGACCUAUGAGCAACUGCAAUCACUUGGGGAAGCUGUUGGACAUGAGAGCAAAGGACUUUCAGAAGAUCUCAUCUCACGAUUACCAAGUUUCAAAUACAAAACUGGGUUGUUCUCAAAGAAAAGGAAAAAGGAAGAGUGUGUGAUAUGUUAUGCUGAAUAUAAAAAGGGGACUCGACUGACCACUUUGCCUUGUACACACAAAUAUCAUUCAAAAUGCAUUAUUCGAUGGUUGAAACUCAAUAAGAAUUGCCCCGUUUGUCAAGAGGAGGCAAUUGUUUGCCCUGUUUCCGACAAGUCUUGGUCAUAUGCACUGGAGGUAAGAAACCGCAUUCAUGAUGCUGGUUUCUAUGUUGAUGUUGAUACAAGUGACAGAACAAUCCAGAAAAAGGUACGAGAAGCUCAAUUGGCACAGUACAAUUACAUAUUGGUGGUUGGCGAAGAGGAGGCAAACACUGGACAGAUCUCUCUUUCCGUGUCUCCCUCUUUAUUUUCCCCAACUCAUCGAAAGUGGCAAGUGUUCGGGUAA